UGAGAACUUUAAGACCACUUUAUGAAAUCGUUAAAAGUCUUUUAUGUUGACGUCUAGGCGUUUUGAAACCGGAAACGGCUGCUGGUGGCGCUACUUUUGGCGAAGUUAAGGGUUCGUAUCAUUUUAUGUGAGUAUAUUUGCAAAAAGAUAUCGCACAUAAGUAGUUUAAAUGUUUUAAGGGAUUUAUCGAAAACGAAAAUGCUAUAUCUUACCACUUAGACCAGUAAAUUGGCGGGGAAAGAGAUUUUUUUAAUCUGGUGGACUGUCCCUUUAAAUGGUCUUUUGUCAACCCAAAGUUUAAGGUGCACGUGAGUUUCAUAUAUAGCUUCCAAAGAUGUCUCUAAGUUCAGUGCAGUCCACCUUGUCCACUCUGAAGUCAUGUCAAGCAGACCUUGGAGGUUGUAUGGACAUGGUAUCAGAUGUUGCGCUGGGAAUAGUUGAAGCUCAAGGUAUGGAUAACAGUCCAGCUCUGAAGAAGCUGGAGGAAAUGAUUCUGGAGUGCUCGAGACUGGACAGAGAAAUCAACUGUUUUGUGGAGUCUGUUGAUGAGAUGACUGCUCAGGUCAGACAUGAACCUCCUGAGGCUAUGUUUCACCUGAGAAACUCCGUGAAAGAGCGAUUCAAUGAGCUUAUGGCCGGAGUUACAGAUGCAGACCUACAAAGGCACAGCAAGGUUGUAGCCUUCAGAGACAGUGUCAGGAAAUAUGCCAUGCAAGCAGGUCAAUCUGCUGCUGAGAAUGAAGAAGAGGAGCUGGAUGAGGACAUUGCUGUAACACAGAGCCAGACAAACUUCAUCUGCCCUCUCACCCAGGUUGAGAUGGUCAAUCCAAUGAAAAACAAGAAAUGCCAUCAUUACUAUGACCAAGAGGCUGUACUUGAAAUGAUUAAGGCCAGGCACAAAAACAAGAAGAAAUUUCGCUGUCCAAAGGUUGGCUGCGGAAACACAGAUGUUCAGCAGUCAGAUCUCGAGUUGGACCUGGUUAUGAAGAGAAUGAUCCAGAACCAUAAGAGACAGAGUGGAAAAACUUAAUUUGACUAAAUCAGUCCUGCAGUUGUUAGGUCUAUUAUAGGAAAAUUGUUUUGCCUGAAUUUUAAAAUGUAGAACUGGAGACUCUUGUAGUAAUAUUUGGUUCAUGUUAAUCUAUAACACAAUUAUAGUUCAUGUUUGGAAUACAAAUGCACUAUUCUUAUCAAUGCUGACUUUUUUUUUUUUAAAUAAACAUUUGCACCUGUCUCAUAUUA